AUGUCCUUCGAUCCUCACAAUGUCGACCUGGAUACAGUUGACGCUGCCCAAAUUGUUUGCUACCUUAAUGCAGGGGAAAACGAAUACAAUGGCCAACUAGGCGCCCGGAUAUCCGCCAUCUUCGUGAUUCUCAUCUGCUCCUCAGCAGCGACCUUCUUCCCCGUCCUAGCACAACGCGCACCACGCCUACGCAUCCCUAUCUACGCCUAUCUCUUUGCAAAAUACUUCGGUGCCGGAGUCAUCAUCGCAACAGCCUUCAUCCACCUCCUCGAUCCCGCAUACGCCGAAAUCGGUGGCAACUCCUGCGUCGGACUGACAGGCCACUGGGGAGAUUACGCAUGGUGUCCCGCGAUUGUAUUGACAUCGCUAAUGGUUGUCUUCCUCUUGGACUUCGGCGCCGAGCGCUGGGUCGAGAUCAAGUACGGUAUCUGUCGCGAAGACCCAGAGCCCAUGAUGGCGAGUGGCGUUGAAGUGCGUCGUACAGACUCGCGUGCUUCGGCAAGCCACUCAGGUGACAAACAAGUCAAGGAGAUCGAGUCGCAGACACAGGAGCUGGCGAUCGAGCGCUCGGUCAAGCAGCAGAUUGCCGCGCUGUUGAUUUUGGAAUUCGGUGUUAUCUUCCACUCUGUCAUUAUUGGUCUCAACCUCGGUGUUGCCGGUGAUGAAUUUGCUACACUUUACCCUGUGCUCGUUUUCCAUCAGACGUUUGAGGGACUUGGUAUCGGGGCGCGCAUGUCGAGUAUCCCAUUCAAGAAGGGAAGCUGGUUGCCUUGGUUCUUGUGUGCUGCUUAUGGACUGACGACCCCGAUUUCCAUUGCUAUUGGUCUUGGCGUACGCACAACUUAUAACCCUGGCUCUUUCACUGCUAAUGUUGUGUCCGGUGUGCUGGACUCUAUCUCGGCUGGGAUCUUGCUAUACACUGGUCUUGUUGAACUGCUUGCUCGUGAUUUCUUGUUCGACCCUCACCGCACUCAGGAUAACAGGCGGUUGACUUUCAUGGUGUUGACUAUGGUUCUUGGUGCUGGUAUCAUGGCUUUGCUUGGAAAAUGGGCUUGA